UUUUUUUGGAGAAACAAGUUGGAACUAUUUCAAAGGGUGAAUUGGCGUGAAGACCAUAUUCUAUAUGGAGCUUUGCACAUAUCAAUGAACACUCGAAAGAGGAAAGUCCUACAACGCAGGAAUGGAUCAUUAAAAUAUCAUUCUUGUAAAUUGCCAGACUCUUCUUUGGAAAAAUUUCCUCCUCCUUCUCGGCAUCGGCCUUGCAACAUGAGAGUGUUCUUCCGGUCUGAUCAUUUACCGAUCCCUCAGGGCAGCUCCACCAAUGGCAAUCCAGGGGCUUCUGAUACACCAACUUCUGCUUUCUGUACAAUGAAGGGUUGCAUGAGCUUUGCACAAGGUGAUGACUAUGAUGUUGAUAGCUUAUCCGGAUGUCCUCAGGUGACUGAAACUCGCAUGCAGUGUCAGGAAAUUCCUGGUGAUCUUCAAUCAGCUGUCAAGUUUAGAUUAGAGAGCAAUCAGAAUCCUAUUAUUAAAGAAAAGAUGUGUCAAAUUUUGUAUCGUCAUUCAUCAGGGGGUGAUCUCUUUCCUCCAAUCCUGCAGAAGUCUGCAAAAGAAUUGGCCAAACUGAAUCAAGUAAGCCAAAGCCAUAUUAGUUUCAAGAAUCAUCAGAAGUGUGAGGUUGGUUAUGAUUUAUUCAGCUCUGAAUUUACCAAACCGAUCAACUCCUACUUUCAGCCAGCAACAAAGCAGCCUACUUACCAUUGUUGUGGUAUAAUCUCAGCCAAUCGCAAUUCUGUUCCAUCAGGACCAGCAGCUUCAUGUAAAAGGCGUAUUAGAUGGACUAAAGAUCUUCAUAAGCGAUUCGUUGAAUGUGUAAAUCAUCUUGGAGGACCUGAAAAGGCUACUCCAAAGUUGAUCCUUAAGCUAAUGGGGGUUGAAGGAUUAACAAUCUUCCAUGUUAAAAGUCACUUGCAGAAAUAUCGCAUUUCCAGAUAUAUUCCCGAAUCAACAGAAGGAAGAUCUGACAGAAAUCUUACAAAUGCAAUGGCACCACUUGACCCAAAAACAUGCAGGCAGAUUGCUGAAACGCUAAGAACGCAGAUAGAAGUCCAGAGACACCUACAAGAACAAUUGGAGAUACAAAGAAAUUUGCAGUCUCGGAUCGAAGAACAGGGAAGGCGACUCAGAAAGAUGUUAGACCAGCAACUAAUAAAUAACAAACAAGACUCUAACUGAAACCAGAAACUUAUCAGAUUUCACCUUCCAAGAAGAUCCAUCAAAUGAUCCUAAAGACGUCCAUAUUUCUCCUAUAGAAGGACUAGAUGAUCUCUAUUAACAUUCCAAUACAGGUAUGCAUGUUAAACAUCUUCUCCAUGUAUAUUAUUCAUUACGUUCGAAACUUGAAGGAGAUGUGUGAAGCCUUACAUUCAGAACUAUCAGUUUUUUUGACACACAGAUAGUAAUUUCUUUCAGCACACAGUAAUAAAGGAAUUAAGACUCCAGCAUCAGCUUCCCAGCAUUCAUGGAUGAACGGGUGAUGAAUCUCCAUCAAUAGAAAAGAUUUGCAUUUGAAAAACCUUGUAUACGUUUGAGAAUAUUUCUUAUUGGAGUAGAUCGAUUAUUAUAGUAUAAUGGAUCCAUUAAGGGUUCUGUUAAACUUGCUUAGCUAAUUUUUUAUUAUUUAGAAG